UCAAUGUAGUUGAAUAGAAGCCUGUUUAUUAGUGUUUAACUCAAUUACUAUAAUAACUCGUCCGAUCGAGCGUAUUUCCGUAGUUAAACUGUUAACGUUUGUAUAACAGUCUAGUGUCUUGGAUUUGAUUUCAAGCAUAUUUUGUGAUCAGCUGCUCUUAUGGCUGGUGUUAUUUUGGAAACGACAUCAAAUAAAAAGUUAAUAGGGUUUGCUGUUGUCCUCCUGGGAGUACAGCUGUUGUUCUUUGUGAUUGGUGGUACAUUGGCACCUCAUCCAACCAAUGCCAUGGUUCAUAUGGCUUGGCCUUGUCUUGACCCCAGUAGAGGAAAAACUGACAAAUGGUUUGGACAUAAUGAUGAUGAUUGUGUACAGCAAGAUUUGUCAAAAAAUGUGCCAGGCUUGACACCUGAUCAGAUUGUCUUCUCUGUUCUUAUACCUCACAGUGGCUUAGACAUGUCUAGAUGGCAUCAGUUCAUUGUUGGAGUUAUAUCACUUGAAGUUGAUGAUACUCACUUGCCUCGAGGCCUAAAUCCAGUUGUAACCAUGGAUAUUCGACUUGGGGCUAAGGAUACACAUCAUAAUUCAUGGAAGGAACUGGCACGAUCUACAGAAAGGAGGGAACAUCAUUGUAAAAAAAACGAUGAUGGCUUGGACUGUGAGGAUAUGCAUGGUUUCGAACUUGGCAGUGUUCAUUACGAUCAUUACCUUGUAAAUAUUCGGUUGCCUUUUGGUAAAGGUUAUAAUGAAGAUUUUGGUCAGUUGAAAUCUAUGACCGUUGUGGAAAUUCACCAAAACGGUGGCUUUACAAAAAUGUGGUUUGGCUUAAAAACCAUCCUAGCACCACUACUCAUAUUUACUGUCGUGUGGUUUCGAAAGAGAAUCAAGCGAUUGCCAAGAACUCCUUAUCUAUUUGAGACGAGCAUAUUUUGGCUUGGAGUAUCGAUUGCUUUUCUUGAUUUUCCCUUUGAAUGGUUUACGUUAUGGAUAAAUAUGCCGUUCAUGUUAGUCAUCAGUGACAUUCGUCAAGGGAUAUUUUAUGCGACAUUGCUUACUUUCUGGCUCAUCUUUGCUGGAGAGCAUAUAAUGGACGAUACGCAAAGGAACAGUUUGAAAGCUUACAAAAAAGAAAUUGUGGCUAUCGGUUUUGGAUCUUUUUCUCUUCUAAUAUUUGAUCUUUGUGAAAGGGGGGUACAGCUUUCAAAUCCAUUUCAUAGCAUUUGGACGAGUGACAUUGGCAAGAAACUUGCAAUUGUAUUUUUAGUUCUCUCCGCUGUUGCUGCAUCCUUGUACUUUUUGCUUUUUCUUAUAAUGAUGUUGAAAGUAUUCUGGCACAUAAGUGGUAAACGGUCGAACGUUUCCCAGAUGAGCGCAGGACGACGGGUGGCGUAUGAGGGAGCAUUCUAUAGAUUUAAAUUUUUGCUGGGAUUCACGAUGAUAUGUGCUGCAUUAACUAUUGCAUUCUUUAUUGUGACGAAUGUUAACGAGGCUCACUGGAAGUUUGGAGAAAGAAACACUAUCGAGGUUUCCAGUGCGUUUAUUGCUGGUAUUUAUGGUUUGUGGAAUAUCUAUGUGUUUGCAAUCCUUGUGUUAUAUGCGCCAUCCAUACAAUCCAUCAACACUCGCACUAUAGAAGUGAAUGAUGCAGAUGAAGACACGAGUUUUUCUGACACACAGCGCUUUAUAACACAGUCUGUGAAUGCAGAUUCCUCUCUCAUAUACUCUAUUGCUGGAAAAGGAAGCAUAAACUAAUGGAGAAUAGCUAUGACCUGUGAUUGCACUAGGUGAACGUUUUUAUGAUUUUUAUAUAAUGUUUACUCUAUUUACACAAAGAUAUUGUCACCUGAGAAAAAUUAAAGUUUUUGUUGAUGAUA